AUCUGCCAGACCAUCAUGAGCGACAUUGCUUUUGGCUCUAAACACGUCGCAGCAGCCAACAAGGCUCCUGCUUCUCAGAUUGCAAAAAGCAUCGGUACCCCUGCCGAAACCACGCAUGGAUUCGUCGUAAAACUAGCCGAUGAACUCGAUGACACGUCUCGAGAGUCGAUAUGGGCUAUUUUCGCAGCCAAUAUGCGCGCAAUGUAUACCAAUUCAUCAUUUGGUUGGGAUCCGCCGGCCAAGAAAGCGGAACUAUUUGACCCUCUUAGUCGCUUUCUCCUUGUGAAAACCGGUGCUGCGCUUGUCGCGUUUGUCACGUUUAGGUUCGAGUUUGAAGACGGAAAUGAUAUCUUAUACUGCUACGACUUACAAGUCUCUGAAGCUGCUCGCAGGCGAGGUCUCGGACGUGUCUUGAUGGAGUAUUUAGCGAACAUCGCGAAGGACAUGAAGAUGCAGAAAAUCAUGUUGACCGUGUUCAAAGGCAAGCAUUCCAACAUUGCCGCGCUCCGGUUCUACGAAACGGCUGGGUUUCGAAUGGAUUGGCAAUCUCCAAAUGACGAAGACGAGGAGGACUACAAGAUUCUAUCCAAGAGAAUACAAUAA